AUCCCCUUUUCAGCAACCAAAGCUCCAGGAGUCACUAGAGAUAGCACUUGAAAAGUGUAUUUUUGAUGCUGUCUCAUACAGUAUAAAAAAUACCAUAGGUCAUAUGAUGCAGAAAGAAGAGGAUAAACAAUUGCAAAAUAUCAUAACAUUGAAGAAAAAUAAAUCAGUUUUACAGAACAUUCAGUUAGACAUCAAACAAGAAGAAAAAGUACAAAAAAUUAAAGAUAAACCAACUGUGGACAAUACCAGCAUUUGUGAACCUUCUCCUCAUUUAAAAUUGGAUACCAGGAUGGAAAUAGCACACUGUAUAAUGGAAGUGAUAAAAUGUUCUCUUCUAGGUCUACUACAGCAGAAAUCAUCAGAUGCAGUGAGAAAAGUGAGGAGAGAGUCCACAGAGGGAACUAUCAGAACAUCUUCACAAAUAGCAAAAGAAUAUAUGCCAGAGAAAGAAGAGAAUAAAAUAAAAACAUUGGCUGAGGAAGAUAUACUUCAUCCAAAGGACAAAGAUUUGGAAGAAAAUAAGACACUUUCACAGGGCCUACUGUUGACUCCUAAAGAGGAUGGGGAAAUGGAUCUACCAAGUAAUGAGAAAAAGAAAACAGCCAGAGAAAGCAAAAAGCAAGAGCAAUGGGAUCACGAUGGCAAAAAGCAAGGGGAAAUGGAUACACAAGGGAAAGAGGAUGGGAAAAUGGAUGGAGAAACUAAUGAACAAGGGAAAAUGGACCCAGAAUGCCAGAAACAAGAGAAAACUGAUGGAAAAUGUAAAGAACAAGAGAGAGUGGUCCCAAAAAAUAAAAAGCAAGAGAAAACAGAUGUGGAUGAUAAAAAGCAAGGGAAGGGGGAUCAGCAGGCGAAAGAGCAAGGGAAAAUGGAUCUAGAGGAGCAAGAGCAAAAGAAAGCAGGUGGAGCAGGCAAAGAGCAAGGGAAAGUGGAUCCAGAGAGGACAGAGCAAAAGAAAAUAGACAGAAAAGGUGAAGAGCGUGAGAGAGUGGACAGAGAGAGGAAAGAGAAAAGAGAUGAAGACCAACAGCAAGGGAAAUGGGAUCAAGAAGGUGAAAAUCAAGGGAGACUAAAUAGAGACAGGAGAAAGCAAGGGGAUGUGGAAGAGGAUAAAGCACAUGCUCUUGAGAAGAGGAUAACCCAACUCAAAUGCAUACCUGGGGUGGAAACAGCCAUUUCCUAUAGUCUCAAAACAAAGAAACUGCAAAUGAAAAUCAAGGAACAAAAGAAUCAGAGGCAGGGAAGUGGUGAGAAAACACUUGUACAUCCGAGAAAACCCUGUUAUUUUCUCAGUUCAGUUAUUUCUCAACCAGGGACAAUAGCAGAAGAUGAUGAGGAAGGAAGAGGGGAAGUAGAAGAGGAGGAAGAAGAGGGAAAAGAGGAAGGAGAAGAAAGAGGAAGGAAGGAAGAGGAGGAAGAAGAAAAA